CUAUUACUUGCCAAUAUCUUUUGCCUGCAUGGUGCCUGGAAGAGACCCUGCUGGAUGAGACUAAGGAGUGGAGGAAUGUGAUGAUGUCAUCGUAACCACUUCUUAUGACAUCAUCCUAAAGCCAUCUCCAGGGAAUCUUGCCCUGAAGCGAAUCCCCAGCAGCAUUAUGGGGUCCCGUCAUUUCUGUCCAUCAGUUGCCUCUCCCACAGCAUAAGCUAUGGCGCACUAGAUCAAUGGCUGGGACUUCUCUGGAGCUGCUUUGAGGCUACCAGGGAGGAUCAGAAAUGGGGGGUAUAAAGAUGCCCUUAAAGAGGCUUCAAGGCGCCAGUAGCUUAGGAAUGGUGUCCUGCAGCCCCAUGACUGAGCGAGAAGAGACAACAGCUGGCAAGAAGGAGCUGGAGUUCAGGGUAUUAAAGCCCUCCUGCCACCAGACUCCUUGUGAAAUUCUCCCACUUCCCCCAUCCGUGUGGAGGAAAAGUCCCCUCCAGCAUGGCUUUAACCAGCCUUCCAUAGUGGAGCAGCCUGGGUUGGCUAGCCUGAGGCAGCGAUCUGCAUACCAGAUUAUGGCCCAAAGGAAGAAGUCAAUGAUGGAGAAGAAAAAGCCUGACUUUGUCCUCCCAAAGUUGCUAAAGUCCAUCCACAGUUUAUACCCAGUGAAGAUUAAAUGGAAGGACACAGAUCCUAGGAUCAAGAUGCUGCAGUUGGAAAGGAUAAAGGAGCUCACAGAGAGCUUGGCUUCUUCUGUGGAACAAGAGCAAAUCUACGCUGCUCAGGCCCUGGGCUGCCUUAGGAUCACUGAUGAGUUUGUGCUGUCUGCACUUCGCAAUACUCUCCAGGUAUGCAGGAGUCAGCCUGUGCGAUAUGAAGUAACUAGAACCCUGGUUUUAUUUGGUUGCCUGGAUGCCGCUAUGGUGAAGGAACUGAUCAGACACCUGAAGAAGGGAAGCCCGACUCAGAGAAAGGAUCUCCUCACUGCUCUGGCGGUGGCUUUGCAUGCGUGGGCUGCAGUGCCCGAAUCCAAGGUCAUGGCUCCUGCUGAAACUGGACCAAGGGGCUCAGGCUCUGCCUUUUCCAAGUGCCAGUCCCGCCAGCCUCAGUAUGAAAUAAAACACAAUCAACACCACUGCUCUUCCUUUCUGUCCCAAGGGAGUGUGGUGGGUGCCCAGUCCAGGCUCAUCGGGACCCUAGAGCAGCUGGCAGCCUCACAGGACCGCACAGAUGACUCGGUCCUGUCUGCAGCCACCUGCUUGGUGUAUCUAGAUGCAUCCAAUCCCGCUGCCCUGGAGGCGCUGCUGAGGUGCCUGACCCAGAAGAACAUGAAGAAGAAAAUGCAGGCUUUGCUCAUGCUGGUGAAGCACGUGAUGGUGGUCAGCACCGAUAUCAUCCAGGCCGUUAUAGAUCAGCUUCGCCAUUCUCCAGUGUACAAGCAUCGCGCUGAUGCCGCCAAUUUGCUGAGCACCAUCGGGCUGGAGUCGAUCCAACAGGAAGGCUUGGAAGAGGAGGUGUUCCAGCUGCUGGUGGAAAAGCUGCACCAGGAGCCAUUUCUGGUAGUGAGACAGACUGUGGCAAUGACUGUGGCAGCUCUGCAGAUGAAGGGGCGAAUCUGGGAUAUUGUGGAGAAGCAGUUGAAGGAGAAGAGCGAGGUGAGCCGAAGACAGGCUGUGGUUUCCUUGGGGGUCCUUGGUCUUCGCAAUAAGCAUGUGUUCUUUACCCUGCUGGAAAUGCUGGAGGUGGACAGCAGUCCGGCCAUUCGCAUACAGGUCAUUAGAGCGUUUUGCACCCUGGGAAUGAACAACAAUCAUGUGCUGAAAACCCUGAUGCUCAAGGAACAGACAGAUGGGGCUCUAGCCAGAGAAUGUGUGAAAGCUUUGAAGAUCCUCCAGAAGCUCCCCAGUGCUAGAAGAGGCUUGGAGCGUCAAAUCUCUCAGCUCUCCUGAGGCCCUACUGUCUGGGGGUGGUCUGCCGCUGUCUGUGAGCUCAGAGGGAGUAGCUAACGUGGAGAGAACAUGGGAUUUAAAACACAGGCUCUGUAGCCGGGGUUUCUUCUGGACUGUGUGUUUUGCAUCUUGUCUCCUAAGAGAGCUGGGAGAUUGGAAUAUUCAGGUGUGUGUGCGUUCAUUUGUAGAGCGUGUUUCUCCGUUCCUAGAGGCAGGGGGCUGUCCUCUUGGUACCAUGGUCAGCAGCCAGUCUCUUGCUUGGCAGGAUGUAGUUAGGGCUAGAGUCUGCUACCCACACCCAUGCUAGAUAGUACCUUGCUACUCCGAUUGAUUUCAAUGGGACUAUGCACUGAGUGAGGUGCUACUCAAAGGGAGUGAAGGGGGUGGGGGGAUAGAAUCAGCCCUUUCAUUUAUCAAUCUGCACUUGAACGGGACCCUCGGAUCCUGCGGUGAGGGGCUCUGUCUGAGAACCUGUAUGGACCCAUCCAUCCGCCAGCCUGGAAGCAUGUGUACAAAUGCACCACCUCCUGGGCUGGUGCCAUCAUUGGGCUGGCCCCAGUGCUGCUGAUGGGCAGGCCCUGCUCCUACAGCCUGGGGGCGCUGCCUACAGGGACAGGGCAGUGGUGGUGCCAACCCGGUGCCUCUGCCUAGCAGCUCUGCUGCCCCCGCUCUCCCAGGGGCUGAGGAGAGUGGCUUCCCAGAGUCUGCAGCAGCUCCCCUUGCUAGGCAAGAGGCCUGAGGGCAGCUGAGGGGCGUAAAGCUUAUGUGCACCUUUUGGAGGGCUACAUGUUUCUGGGGCAGACUGUUGAAAAAUGGGGCCGUCUUCAGAAAAUCAGGACGCAAUUCAGAGAUGACAUCCAGGUGAGGAUCGUAUUGCCUGAGUCUAUAGCGUGAGGGGUGAGUGCGGGGAGCACUGAACGUGGGGCAUCCGCAGCAUGAGAGAGACCUCCCAGGGCUGCGUAUUAACAUCCAAAGAACCAGUCCAAGUGCUUUGCAAAGUAUUCACUGCAGGGUUAAAGGCGAUCCCAUCCCCCACUGCAAUGGAGUGUUCCACCAGGAGGAAACCUCCAUCUAUACCCUCAUUAAGUGUUGGACUCCUCCAGCCCUGAGUGGGUGAUAUUAAAUUAGCUGCAGCCCUGAGCUCUUCACUCCAGCUGUUGCAUUUUCUUCUUACCCAACGGUGGGGCUGGAUUUCCUUGUAGCGGCUGCCCGGGUUCACGGAAUUAGAAAGCAUGUGGGUUUGGUCAGUGACUGCAGGAGGAUCUAGAACCAUAUACUGCGGGCUGCCAUCUGCUGCAUUGUUCCCAGCUGCCUGAGACAAAGAUGAGCUUAGUUCAGUACAACGAGAUAGAUGCACUACAGAGCCCACCUUACUCAGAUUAUAAGUGCUGAUGCCGGGAGGGAUGCUGGGCUGGAGAAGAGUGACUCCUCAUGGGACCCAUCCACCUGAUGAGGGCAGUUAAAAGUUGCAAGAGAUUUUAAAGGCAAGGAAUUUCCUCGUAUCAUAGUGUAAUAAAGACACUUGUUUGGGGGGCAGCUGGUCCUGGGUCACAAGGGGUUGAUUCGCAGCGCAGGGCAUGUGCAUAGGUUCUUACACACCUAGCUUAAAUAAAUACGGCUCUGCCCCUAGGACUCAGGUAUUUCUAUCCAUCCCCCCGCAUUGCCACAUUCUGGGUGGAUGGGCCUUCUGACUGAAGAUACAGCCAUGUAGCAAUUCUCAGCAGGGCAGCCCUUGCAUUUCACCAUCCUGAAAGAACCCCUAAAUCCCUGCCCCCUGUGGGUCUGAUUGAUGGUCAAACCCUCCAGGCGCACACCUGAAAAGGCAGGCACAAUUUUGCACUUAAAUUGUGCUUUCCAUACUACACUUGCUUACACAACACGUCCAACUGUUGCUCAUGCACGUACCUAAGUUGUGUGCACAGUUGGUGUAUUGUUCAAGCAAACUCCGCAGGAAGAUUUGGAAAGUCCAGUCCAUUGUGAUUCAUAGGUGGAUAAAAAUGCCAAUGAGAUGGGGGGAAACUGAUAUAGGAGCCUGUGAUGGGGUAUAAAAGCCCCCACAUUCGACAACAAGGGGUUAAGGGAUUAUUUUGGGCUCAGCCAGCCCCGCCCCGCCACACCCGUAGCAAAUGCUCCUUCUUCUGGGGGAAUUAAAAGACAGCGAAUUAGUUUAUUUGGGUGGCAGAGUUGGAGGUAAGCAGACCUGCAGCUCACAGCUCCAGCAGAGCAAAGCCUAAAGGCUCUGGAAUAGCUGCCCAUAGGGGCCCUUCCUGAGGGAAGGGAGGACCCACCCCAGAGACAACCCGAGAGGGAAGUAUUCUGUGGAUCUUCGACAUUAGUAACCUCCCUUACUUAGUUUGGUUUGGAUUUCCGCACCAGGGGAAAGCCUGGAACUAAACUGACCCCAGGAGGGGAAGAGGCUUGGGGACAGCCUUAAUUUUUGGUUGCUAGACUACUGGUAACCUGGGCCCUGCGUUGGAGCCCAGUGGAGUGGGCAGGCCUGGGCUCCCCUCCCCCCAGUCCCCUUGGUAGUCAGGGGUUGCAGUCAUGACUACUAAGCCAUGCUCCCCAACCAGACCCGAGGUGAGAGCUGUUACAGGGCCACUAUAUAAGAACACUUCAAUAUAAGCUUGACAUCACCUAACAAUUCCCCUGUGCUGGGAUGACCUUCCAACAGUGAGAUCAGCUGACUUUGGGG